GGAAUUAAUUAAAUGGAACUGUCAAUAUAGGCGUUCUCUUCCAAGAUGUCUACAUGAAAUAUAAGAAUCAUCGCGCUAUUGGAAUGUACUCACUUUAUAAACCAAACUUACUAAUUGCUGAUCCCGAUCUUAUCCGAGUGGUGUUGACAAAGGAAUUCAGAAGUUUCCAUGACCGCGGAAUGUACUACAAUGAAAAGACUGACCCAUUGUCUGCCCAUUUGUUUUGUAUGCCUGGAAAGAGAUGGCGAAAUAUGCGCGUCAGAAUGACACCUACUUUCACUUCGGGAAAAAUAAAGCAGAUGUUCCCGAUUGUUAAGGAAUGUGGCGAAGAACUUGCAAAGUAUCUGCAGAGCAUAGCACAGAUGAGAGAUUCCGUCGAAAUAAAAGAUAUAUUUGCAAGAUAUUCGACAGAUGUAAUUAUGUCAACGGCUUUUGGUAUAAAAUCUAAUUGCAUUGAGGAGCCAAAUAACGAAUAUCGUAAACAAGAAAAGAAAAUUGUGGAGAUGAACUCGAUUUGGAUUGCAUUGUUCAUAUUCGUACCGAAAAUUAUGGAUUUCUUUUCCGUUCCUUUCACGGACCGACAAGUCACCAGCUUUUACAUGAAUAUGUUUCGAGAGAAUGUGGAAUACAGACAAAUUCAUAAUAUCGUAAGGCACGACUUUAUGAAUCUGCUCAUUCAACUUAUGGAGAGAGGCUACGUUGAUCCUGACGAUGACAAGAAGACCACCGACGUAAAAUCAACUGUAAGCAAACUCACUAUGGAGGAAGCUGUGGCGCAAAGUUAUAUCUUCUUCAUAGCAGGUUUCGAAACUUCCUCGACGACAGCAACAUUCGCUCUGUACGAAUUAGCACAACAUCAUGACAUACAAGAUCAAGUUCGCCAGGAUAUCGAUGAAAUGUUGACAAAACAUGGUGGUGUGACAUAUGGCGCUGUGAACGAAAUGACAUAUCUUCACAAAGUAGUAAAUGAAACUUUGAGGAAAUAUCCGCCUAUUCCAGUGUUGAAUCGCACCUGUACCGAAGAAAUAGACUUACCGACAAUGAACGUUCGCCUGCCAAAGGGGACUUUAAUAACUAUACCGGUGCUUGGGCUGCAUCGAGAUCCGUCGAUAUAUCCGGAUCCAGAUAAAUUUGACCCGGAACGGUUCAACGCGAACGUGGUAGCAGAAAGGCUUCCUUACGCUUAUUUACCAUUCGGGGAAGGCCCACGAAAUUGCAUUGGCAAGAAUAUGAAUUAA